GGCCGCCAGGCACUCUGGUUCCCUCAACCUCAGUCUCGMAGUGAGUGCCCCCUUCUAGGGUAGCGGGCGCGGUGAGCUCUUUCUGGUCCUGGGAAGGGCUCUGCCACGGCUGCGGGCCAUGUCCAGGGUCCGCACACACAGCGUCUGCAGAGCCCUGGAGGAAAGGAGAGCCCCGCGCGCUACCAGCCCCGCGCGCCACCACUGAGAAAAUCAGAAACUUUCCAGAUGACUUCCAGUAAUGACCAGGUUUGGAUCUCAAUGUUACAAAGGAAACCCAGUGACCUGCCUUGGAUGACCUCCAGUGACAUGCAGACAUUUUCUGAAGGGCCUGUGUUGAGUUUUCAUAACAUCUGCUAUCGAGUAAAAGUGAAGAGUGGYUUUCUCCUUGGUCGGAAAACAGUUGAGAAAGAAAUACUGUCCAAUAUCAAUGGGAUCAUGAAACCUGGCCUCAAUGCCAUCAUGGGACCCAGAGAUGGAGGCAAAUCCUCGUUGUUGGAUGUCUUAGCCGCAAGGAAGGAUCCACAUGGAUUAUCUGGAGAAGUUUUGAUAAAUGGAGCCCCUCGACCAGCCAGUUUCCCAUGUCAUUCAGGUUAUGUGGCACAAGAUGGUGUUGGGAUGGGCACCCUGACAGUGAGAGAAAAUUUACAGUUUGCAGCGGCUCUUCGGCUUCCAACAACUAUGACAAAUCACGAAAAAAACGAGAGGAUCAACAAACUCAUUCAAGAUUUAGGUCUGAGUAAAGUGACCAAUUUUAAGGCCGGAACCCAGUUUGUAUCUAGAGGAGAAAGAAAAAGGACCAGCAUAGCAAUGGAGCUGAUCACUGAUCCUCCCAUCUUGUUCCUGGAUGAGCCCACAGCUGGUUUAGACUCCAGCACAGCAGUUGCUAUCCUUUUGCUCCUGAAAAGCAUUUCUGAGCGAGGAAGAACAAUCAUCUUCACCAUUCAUCAGCCUCGCUAUUCCAUCUUCAAGCUGUUUGACAGCCUCACCUUAUUGGCCUCAGGAAAACUCAUGUACCACGGUCCUGCCCAGAAGGCUUUGGAGUACUUUGAAUCAGCAGGUUACCAGUGUGAGCCCUACAACAAUCCUGCAUACUUCUUUUUGGACGUCAUUAAUAGAGACUCUUCUGCUAUAGUGUUAAAUAGAAAAGAAGACGACUGUGAAGCCAACAGGGCUGAACAGUUUUCCAAGAGAGAAAAGCUAGUCGUAGACACAUUAGCUGAAUCUUAUGCCAACUCCUCCUUCUACAGAAACACAGAAGCUAGAUUACAGGAGCUCUCAGAUGGUCAGAAGAGGAGCUCAGGCUUUAAGGAGAUCACUCACGUCACCUCCUUCUGCCAUCAGUUCAGAUGGAUUCUCUGGCGUGCAUUCAGAAAUUAUCUAGGUUUCCCCUCGGUCACUAUUCCUCAGAUGUUUGCCACAGGUGCUCUGGGACUGAUUGUAGGUGCCACCUUUCUUGUGCUAAAAAAUGAUUGUACUGAAAUCCAGAAUAGAGCCUGGGCACUCUACGUGCUGGUUGUCUUYCAGUGUUUCAGCAGUGUUUCAGCUGGGGAGAUCUUUGAGCUCCAGAAGAAACUCUUUAAACACGAGUACCUCAGUGGAUACUACAGAGUGUUGCCUUAUUUCCUUGGGGAACUGUUAUCUGAAUUAAUACCCCGGAGGUUGUUUCCAACUAUUAUAUUUACUUCUAUACUAUACUUCAUGUUAGAACACAAUGAACAAUGUGGAGAUGUCUGGGUACGUGAAUGGCUUGUUGAGGAGUUUCCUGUGACAGUAGAAUUGUGA